AUUUUUAUUUAAUAUUUUUGAUAUAAACAUUUAUGCUAAAACUUGAUAAUGAACAUAAAUAAAAUGCUUAUUUAUUGUUGAUUGUUUAACAAAAUAAAUAUGGCAGAAUCUUAUUAUGAUCGGCUGGAUAAAAGAAGUCGGUUUAGAACAACUGCAUCAGAAAGUGAUAUGAAAUUGGAGCCUUCUAGUCCUAACGAUAGAGAAAAAUUUUCUUCAAGAUGCAGCAGUACCGGUUCCUUACAUACACCAACGUCUUCACCUCAUAAUUCAGAUGAAGAAGAUAGUGAUUCAAAUGCUCGUACAGCUUGUGUCUUGACAUACAAGGAACGAAGACGCGAGGCUCAUACACAGGCUGAACAAAAAAGAAGAGAUGCUAUUAAAAAAGGAUAUGAUUCCUUGCAAGAGUUAGUGCCUAUGAAACAACAGAGUGAGGCCGGAUAUAAACUUAGUAAAGCAACUGUUCUACAGAAGUCAAUAGAUUACAUCCAAUAUCUUCAUACACAAAAAAAGAAAUUGGAAGAUGACAGAAACAGUUUGAGAAAAGAAGUGGAGGCUUUGAGGAUUGUACAAUCUAGUUAUGAGCAACUCGUAAAGGCUCAACAAAUUAAUAAGCCUGGUGAGAAUAUCAUCCAAAGUCGAUUAACAGAUGAAGAUAAAUUGCAAGUGUUCAAGGCAAUAAUUGAGCAACUGUUUAAAUCAUUUUGUAUGAUUUCUUUUGCUAAUUUCUCAGAGUUGUCAGCUGGUGUCAUAAUGUGGUUAGAAGAAUACUGCAAACCACAAAUGCUGAGGAAUAUAGUACAAAGAGUUUUAGAUUCGGCGAGGUAGAUUUGGGAAUUGAAUAUAUCAUAUAUUGUAAAUAUAAAUGUAAGUUUUUGUUUGUGAUACAUGUUUUUACUUAUUAUACACAAAAAUAUUUGUUGGUUAUUAAUCAAAAUUUACCAUGAUCAAAAUGUAUUAA